UGACCUCCAGAUAUCCCAGUAUAGAAAAGGCAAGUAGUCUCUUCAAAGAUCUUUCUCCAGAUGAAAUCAAAGAAGAGCUCCAAAUCAAAGACAACAGGGGUAAUACUGCCCUUCAUCAUGCCUGUAUGAAAUCCCUUGUAUCAUUGGUUGAACUCAUCUUAGAACACAGUGGAGAGGAUACAUCGACGAUACUCGAGACAGAGGGUGAAUGUGGAUGUCGGCCGUCGCAUCUCGUGGUGCGACAACAAGCGAGAAACGAAACACAGGCACAGAGUAAAGUGAAGAUAAUCGAGCUUUUGGCAUCGAAGGGGGCGCUGUUCAAUGAAAAGGACAUCCAUGGUCAAACUCCUCUUCAUUUGGCUUGUAAUCAUGACGAAUCGCGCAGGCAGAUGACAGUCAUCGCAGCACUACUGUCAUUGGGAGAUAUCAAAGUGGAUGAACCUGUUAACAUCAGUGGGAUGAAAUCAACGCUACUGAACAUCGCAUGCAAUAACAACCAUUACGAGACUGCACAACUUCUUCUUGAAAACGGAGCAAACCCUCUGGAAGAAGAUGGAACAAAUCAUACCCCACUCUUCACCAUACUCACUCGUAAGAAUACCAAGUUUGGUCUGCAGUUUUUGAAAAUAUGCGAAAAGAAGGGGCACAACUUAAAAAAGAUCUUAUCGGUAAAGAACUUGCACGGACGAACAGCCCUUCACCAAGCCAUCAAGAUCGGUAACCUCAACCUUGCCACAUACUGUCUCUCUUGCUUGCUUCCUGAAGACGAAACGGAUAGAGGUGAUGACAACAACGACUAUCUUCUAGAUUACACAGGAAGGUACGGUACCAAUCUGAUGCAUACAGCAUGCAUGAAAGGACACCUGGAUUUGGCGAUCAUGUUUAACGAGCUAUGUCCAAAAUUCCUGACGAUGAAGACGACUGAGGGAAUGACGCCUUUACACUAUACAUGCAAAAAUAACCAUUCACAGCUCACCGAUGAGGUCUGCGCCAUGAUGCUAAGUCAUUCGACUGAGCUGCCCCUUACAAUGGCUGAUUUUAUAGUUGAAGAUGGGAAACAUUCUCUUCUCAAGUACACAGCUUCAAGAGGUUCGAGCCAAUCCAUGAUCGUUCUCCUCAAAUAUGUGAAGGAUCGGUCCGUUAUAAUGAAAUUCAUAGAGUGGCUCGCAGUCGAAAGGAACAUCGCACAAGUCCUGAAGGAUUUGCUGGUCAGUUUUGACUACAUCUCGAGAGGUCACCUUGAUGAUGGUGAAAUUGAAAGGAUUGUUCUUCGAUGUGCGGCAGCAGGACGGACAGAGAGUCUCCAAAAAUUCGUGAAGUGGCGCAAGGCUGCUUUCCUUUACAAAGAAGAACAAACUGGGAAUAACGUCAUGCACCUGAUUGCGCAAGGAGGGCAUCUCGACACGGCAAAAGACAUGAUAAAAAAAAGCAAUGUAAAUUUCAAAAGUGGGAAUGCUAAAGGACAAAUUCCACUUCACCUAGCGAUCAAGGAAGGUCAUAGAGAAUUGACCAAACUAUUCUUGGAAGUUGACGAGACAUUUGCCGGUGUAACAGAUGCACGGAGAGUAACUCCAUUGAUGUAUGCAUGCCAAAGGGGGGACCUGUUCCAAGUCGAUCUGCUUCUUGAACGGAGUCAAACGGAAAGCAAGUUCUUCGAAAACGACAUGAACGGUCUCAAUUGUCUCGACCACGCCAUCAACAGCGGUCAUGAGAGGGUAGCUGUAAGGUUGUUAGAGCAGAAUGAUUGGCGUAGACUUUUGACUCGAUCCACAAAUGAAGAAGCGGGCAAUAUAACAACCCCAAUGAGGAAACUGAUUGAACAGAUGCCAGGAGUUGCCAAGUUUGUACUAGAUAAGUGCGUUACGAAGCUAAGUUGUAAUCGUGAUAACAGUAAUUGCAACAUCAGUGUCGACUACGAGCUCUUGGAAGACUGGUACUCAACUUGGAUGAAAGAUGACAUGUGGAAUGGACGAAUGAUGACUCUAGAUUACAUGGCGUCGCGUGGAUAUAAUAUGAUAUUGCACACAUUUAGCCACAGUGACCCAAAUGACCAGGCAGGCGAACAGUUAUCCUCCAAUUUCCAGGACAAUGGAAAACUGAAAGAUGAUGCACGGAUCAAUGUGACGGAUCCCAUAUACCGUGCUGCCUAUCAUCCUCUUCGUCUCAUGCUUAAAACGGAAGAGAGUAAGGAAUUGUUGAAUCAUCCUGUGGUCCGUUUGAUGUUAACUCACAAGCAGGAAGCUACCCGUCUCUUGUACUGGCUCAAUUUCUUCAUUUUGAUUACGCAUCUCAUCCUGGUGUCUGUCCACAGUCUCUACAUCCCUCCGCCUUUCUACAUUCAGGCCGAUGGGGACGGCGGCAACUACACCUGGUUGGCCGAUGGACAGAGAAAGUGGGUUGAGAUGCUGGACCCGGUUGCACUGAUCGUCUUUGGAAAAGUUGGGAUCUGGAUUAUUCUUACCCUGACUGUGAUAUACAUCUUGCUAUUUCUGUAUCGUGUUUGGGUGCACAUACAGUCAACACUGAGUUCCAUCAAAGGAUUGUUGAGUGUAAUCCGUGAGAUUGCUCUCCAGGUUUCCACCAUCCUAUUUAUCCUACCUGGCUUUAGUAACCAUCAUUAUUUUGAUGUUAAUCUGAAGGCCGAAUGGCAAUGGCAACUUGGUGCAUUUGCAGUGUCUCUGGCUUGGUUUAACUUCAUCUUAUAUCUCCAGACCAUGCCUUUCCUCGGGAUCUAUGUCCUCAUGUUUCUAGAGGUACUGUCUACUCUUAUGAACUUCAUCUUGGUCGUCGGCAUAUUUAUUAUAUCAUUUGCAGUUGUAUUCUGCAUAUUACUCUUGAAUCAGGUACCUUUCCACUCCUUUUGGGAUUCAUUCGGCAAGGUUGUAGGCAUGUUAAGCGGAGACAUGGAUUAUGGUGGUAUUUUCAAUAAUCUUGAUUAUCUCUACAAACCAGACCCUGCUGAAGACUUCACCAGUUUGGUCUUUUAUCCACUCUCAACUCGGAUCAUAUUUUACAUCUUCAUCAUCUUCAUGCCGAUCCUCAUCAUGAAUCUAUUGACUGCUUUGGCUGUCUACGAUAUUGAACAGAUUCAGACGAAAGCCAAGAUGUAUAAACGUACUCUGGAGGUCAAAACGGUCCUGGACGUUCAAGAUAACAUGUUCCUGUUCUUGUGGAAGAACAGUGUUAUCAAGUUCGAUGUAAUACCUGUCUGGACCCGCAUUUCUGCUUGGUAUAAGCUGCUUUAUAAAUUCACUGGCUACAAGGAAACUCAUGAUUUGCUGGUCAGCUUUCUCGAGAGAACGGAGGACGUUGAGUUCGUGAAGACGAGUGAGAUGACAAUCAAUGACAUGAGAGAAGAAAUUCAUGACAUGAGCAAAAAAAUCAUGAGAAUCACGGAGAAUGUCAUGGACAUCAAAACAAAACUCAACUCAAUGAAACAGUAGUAUUUUAACGUACAUGUUUCAACGUCAUUUCCAAUGAAUUAGACGCAAAAAUUCCAAUGAAUUAGACGCAAGAAUUCCAAAUCCGUUAUAGAAACAACUAAAAUAAGAACAUUUCUGAUCAGUUGAAAAUCAUGUUGCAUUUGAUUUUUGACAACGCAAUACUUUUUAUAGAACAGUGACUAUGGUCAGAUAUCACGAUAUCACUACAAUAACUGUGUGUGGUCUGGAGUUGAAAACGUUACAUCCAAACGCCAUUAGUUAAUAAACAAGUUUUGCUAGGUUUAUUUUGAUUUUAGUCGUAGUUGCGUUUUAUUAAGUUCUAUUUAACAGUGUUCUGGUAUGAUGACGAAAGAAUGGAAGGCAUAUAUCAAGUUUGAUUAGUUUUAUUUUUUUCCCCGUUCAUAUCAGCCAGAUAGAGACUUAGAACUUUGCCUAAAAGUUAGAAGCCUGUCCAUGUCGCUUUGUCGCACAAGCUUCAAAUAAAAUUCGGUGCUGUCUAACAUGGUGUUGAUAAAAAUGAAUAUCAAAAUGUAUGUAAUGAUUGAAUGACAGGAAAAGAAGUUAACUGGAAAACGAGUGAAAAUAGGUUUUUAACAAACUACCAACACAUAAGUAUAAUAUAUGGAAAUAGCAGUGAAAUGAAAGAAAAUAUUUGACCCGACAUGUGAAAUAGUAUUCGCCCAUUUUUUGUGUGUGAGAUGAGAUUUACUUUCAUUUAUCAUGUUAUUAAACAAUGCAGAUCACAGCCUUCACAGGUAUCUUUUGACUUUGUAAAUUAUGUUGAUCCGAUUUAUUCUAAAGGAUUUUUUAUAUUUUCUUUAAAAAUCCAGAUUCUACUCCUUUUGUCAAAUCAUUCCGUUUGCGUUAGCUCUUUUUUUUAGUGGCUGAGCCCAUGUGUGUUCUCUAUUGUUCAGUAUAGUUAAAUUCUACAUUUCUUUAGUUGCUGUUUAGCUUUUGAUUUUCCUUAAUUCUAAUUAUUUGGUUGAGAUAAAGAGUAGUGAAAUAUUUCCAUCAUAAAAUGCUGUAGAAGAAAAGUUAUGAUGUUCUAUUUAAGUUUUGUUUUAUAUAGUUCUGGCCAGUGAUUGGGGCAAUCUUGCUCUGGUGUGUUUUGACACAUUCAGUCAUAUAUGCGUAAAGUAAAUGUACAGUGUAGUUGCAGAUGCUGCUUUGAAAAUGAUAUAAACAUUGUAGAAAGUUUUGAAUCAUCGAAUUACAUACAUUCCGGGAAGUCCACGAUUAAUGAAAUUCUAGUGAUGUUUUUAUUUGUGAAUGUUUUGUAUUGCUACCGCACUCCACUAUUUGAAGUCAUCCACAUAUUUGAAGGUGUUGUCAAGAUGUUAUCAUUGGAUGCAUCAUUUAUCAUUAUCAAAAAAUAAGAUGGGACCAAGCUUAAUACCCCUGGGGUACACCUGAACCACUGCACAUGCAUUUCGGUUCUGAUAACUUGCCUUUCAGUUCACUGACGAAAUCAUCCCAAAUCAUAUGCAUUUUCAGAUAGGUAUACAAUUACUCCUAGUUGAAAAGUUUUUAAUGAAUAGAGUAAAAUUUCAACAAGUAAAAUGUUAAAAUUUUCAUUAAAAUUGGAUGAAAAAUACCGAAGUCAUUGAAUUUUAAAGUGUAGCAAUAUUUUGUGAAAACAGUUACAUGCACGCCGUCAUGAAUAUUCAUUAGGUGUGCUAAUGAUGUCAUGUCCCCACUAUCCUUCUUCCUAUGUUAAUACGUGAAAUCAUGAUUUUUUUUCCCCAUACAUGUAUAGUAUAUCUUCCUUGUAACAAAAUGAGAUGCAGCAAUUAAUAUCGUAUGCAUCAAAUAAUUUGUCAAUCCAUUUUCUUUCAUUUUUGGUGGACAAAAUUUGAGUAAAUAUAAUUUCAUAUGAUAAAGUCAAAAGAAUAAAAGGUGAUAUGACAUCAUCAGCUUGUACAUUGCAUAUUCGUGAAGACAAGCAUAUAAUCGUUUUAACGAAUAAUGAAAAAAUGUAAUAACUUUGUUAUUCCUUUCCCUAUUUUGAUGAAAUUUUCAAUAUCUUUUUGGUCCGGUUUUACCUUUUCUGUUCAAAUCAUAUUAUUUUCAGCAUGGAGUUCCCCUAUGAAUCUUUAAUUCAAAAAAUCUGAACCUAAUUUGGAGAAUAAUAUAAUCGUAUGAAGGAUAUUGAAUGAUCUACCGAAUUGCAAUUGUUUGAAAACUUUGAAUUGCAUCAUUAUUAGCGCUUA